GCGGCGGCGCCAUGGAGGAGGCGCAGCGGCGAGCCCUGCGGCGCGGGCGGCCGCGGCUGGUGGCGGAGCUGCGGGUGGCGCCGCUCUGGGAGCCGCUGGAGCAGCGCGGCCUCUUCACCCGCACCAUGAUCGAGGAGCUGCAGAGUGCUGGCAGCCGAGGAGAUCAAGCCAGGAAGCUGAUCAUUGACCUGGAGACCCGAGGGAAGCAGGCUUUUCCCAUCUUCCUCUCCAUCCUUCGGGAUACUGGGCAGGGUGGCCUCGCAGACAUGCUGAUGGAGAAGUGCCAGGCCCUGCCAGCUCCACCACAGCUGCCCGACCUCAGGCCUGUGGAGCUGGAGGUACACAGAGAAAAGAGUAACAGAAAUGUCAGCUUCCCUGAACGUUUGUCCAUCCCAGUCCAAGCUGAGAGUGAAAGACCUCAGAUGUCUCCCAUACCAGCCCAGGGGUCAGCUGUUGACAAGAGGAACCACAACUUGGUUUACCAGCUGAAAGCAAAGCCUUGUGGACACUGCCUGGUCUUCAACAACGUCACCUUCAGCAGAGAUUCAAAGCUGUCAACUCGAAAUGGCUCUGAUGUGGACUGUGAGAAGCUGGAGAGGAUCUUCAAGGCCUUCUCCUUCAACGUCCUGACAAAGCGAGAUCUGAAGGCUCAGGAGAUGGUUGUGGAGCUGCAGAAGCUGGCACGACAAGACCACAGCGCCUUGGACUGCUGUGUUGUGGUCAUCCUCUCCCAUGGCCGUCAGGUCAGCCACAUUCAGUUCCCUGGAGCCAUUUGUGGGACAGAUGGAAAUCUCAUCCCAGUAGAAAAGAUUGUGAACUAUUUCAAUGGGUCCAAUUGCCCCAGUUUGAGAGGAAAACCCAAACUCUUCUUCAUCCAGGCCUGUGGUGGAGAUCAGAAGGAUCGAGGCUUUGUAGUGAAUUAUGAUGCCCCUGGUGAGGAAGCUCCUGGAGGUCCCUUGGAGUCAGAUGCAAAUCCUUUCCAGACUCCACAGGGGAACCUGGACCAGCCAGACGCCGUGGCCUGUCUGCCCACACCCAGUGACAUCCUGGUCUCCUACUCAACUUUCCCAGGUUAUGUGUCCUGGAGGGAGGAAUCGAGAGGCUCCUGGUAUGUGGAGACACUGGUGAACGUGCUGCAGCAGUGUGCCUAUGCAGAAGACCUGCUGAGCAUGCUAGUGAAGGUGACAGAUGCUGUGGCAGACAGGGGGAUCUACAAGCAGGUCCCAGGCUGCUUCAACUUCCUCCGUAAGAAAUUCUUCUUCAUGGUCCACUGACCCUUGGGCUGCCAGCUCCCUGCCCAGUGCCAGAGGGCACCCUGCCCUGCAGCUGGCUGGAGCCUGCACCUGGUGGCCUUUUUGUCUGUCUCUUGAGGUGUUUGUCCUGAGAAAUGUGACCUGUGCCUGCUGGCCCUGCUGGGCACUGGAGACCAGGUGGAGAUGUCUUAGGGCCAGAGCAGGGAUGGGUGACUCACAGAAUCGUUUGGGUUGGACAAGCCCUUUAAGAUCACUCAGUCCAACCUUUCUCUGACUCUGCCAAGGCUGCCCUCAGCACCACAGCUCUGCAGCUUUUAAACAUCUCCAGGGGUGGGGGUUCAACCACCUCACUGGGAAGCCUGUUCCAGUGGUGAAGAACUAUUUGAGUGAAGGAAGUUUCUUCUAAUGUCUAAUCUCCCCUGGUGCAACUUGGGGCCAUUUCCUUUUGUCCUUCCACCUGUUCCUUGAAAGAAGAGACCAACCCUGAUGUGGCCUCAGCCUCCUUUCAGGGAGUUGCAGAGACCCAGCA